AUGGAAGACCACCAACAUGGAGGUCAUACACAGAGAGUCAGGCGUCCCAAAGGCUUCCCUGGCUCUAGCCCAAGCGAGGAUUCGAAUCGAGCCAGGUUCGCAUGCCUGGACAGAAACCACCCAAUCAGCAGGAGAGCGGAUAGGAGAGCCGCAGGCGCCCCCCUGACCAGACUACAACGAACGACCGCACUGGCCCGUCGCACGGUCAGACCUUCCCUCUUCGCCCACAAUAACGGCGCUGUCCUCCCAGGCCCAGACUUCAGAGGGACCAAGAAGGAAGAUGCGGCCAAAAAACACCUACUGGACGGCCUUCCAAACUCCACCCUUGCUGCGUACUCAAAUGGCUCACAAGACGAACUGGGCAACACAGGCUGGGGAGCAGUCACAUUCCACAAGGCCCGGGCCACCAAAUCCAACGGGUGCCUCCCGAACGCAGAAGUAUACGACGCGGAAGCAGUCAAAGCCUUCGAGGCGAUUAAACUCGCCAAAGAACGGAUCCGAGCUGACCCGGGCAUUAAGGAGAUCAUCCUCUUCCUAGACAACUCAGCGGUUACACUUGCGGCACUUGAGAAAAUCACAACCGUUCUGGGCGACCACGCAGAAAUGAACGGAAAGAUCUUGGAGAGAUUGGACAAGCUUGAAGCCCGGGCCAGAGAAAAGUGGGAAGAUGUCUGA